CCGCCUCGCUGCCCAUGCAUGCCAUUCUCUUCCAAUCCCACUCCUUUCUCUCCUUUUAGGCUCCUGUCAUCGUCAGCCGCCCUGCGUUCCUUUUCCGGGUCCGAGCUGCACAGCGCCGGCCGGUUAAUUCUGCACAAACAAUAGGCAGUCCGCUCACGACGUGGCAGCAGGUCCGCUUUGUUCCAUUCUCGCCACGUACCGCCGUUGUAAAAGGCAGCGUCAGCUCUGGCUGUGUACUGCGGCCAUACCGUGCACAGCUUGCUUUGGCACGCAAUUAAAUAUUGUGAAACCGCCUUGAGUCCGUGAGCGUGCCGUAAAACGCGACGGCCCGCAGAAGCUCGAAGCAAUUGUCAUCGCCAAGCAGAGUAUAACUUCGUGUGCCUCACUGGCGUUACGCUCUCUCCUUCUCGCGCUCUCCCAUCGACUCAAAGUCACGUUUCUCGCUAUCGCCUACUCGUUGGUUCUCAAUCUUGUCUCUGGCUGCUCUCGAGGAUGCCGGCCAGCACUCAGUAUGAAGUGCUCCUCGACUUUACGAACGAUACGCACGACUGCGCGUCAGUGCAGCUACUGAGGUCCUACGGGCGAAAUACUAGCUCCAUCGUCCUCUUACACCCUGGCGAGAGUGUCUCCCUCGUUCUGGACGCAGGCUCGGUGUACCAGUACGCGCUGAAGACACGGUCAAAAGUUGCAAAUGUAACAGCAAGGACGUGGAGAGAUGUGACUUGCACAGUGUCCCAGCUAUUCCCCAACGGUUCGCAUACCAUGUCAAAUGCGUCGUCGGAGCCAUGGCGACCAGUAAACGGAAUUACCGUCGACCGUCUAUGGCGCGAUAUGCGCUUCUGCAUGUGGAACGAUCCAUAGCCCUCUGAGCGACCUCUGUUACCUGAUUCAUGGCAUAGCAGGAAUAUGUCGUCAUCUCCACCACCGUGAGGCUGUCUGGUCAAGUUGCUUGAGUGAUAGAGAUGAGCGCGGUAACAUGUGGCAGACAUUAGGCAGGGCGCGUAUCUUGCCGUCACGGCCACCGGUUUUUGGCUGUGAGACGGACAUUUGAUGUAUACCGGACGAGAUCCUGUAGUCGAUAUAUCCUAGGAGCUGUCUGUAGCUUAUAUUAUCCCCGUUAUUAACAUUAA